AAACGUCCAUCAUGGAAUUUAUCGUCCUGGGAUUUGGGAAUGUCCCAGAAUUGCAGAUUCUACUCUUCCUGCUGUUCCUAGUGAUCUACAUUAUGACCAUGGCCGGGAACAUCCUCAUUGUUGCGAUAGUUGUGGCUGAUCAUCACCUUCACACUCCCAUGUACUUCUUCCUGGGGAACCUGUCCUGCUUGGAGACCUGCUACACCUCCACUGUCCUGCCCAGGAUGCUGGCUAGUCUCCUGACUGAGGACAGAAUGAUUUCUAUAAAUUAUGCAGAAGAAUCAGGAAUGGGGAACCUCACCACGGUGACUGAAUUCAUUCUACUAGGAUUGUCCUACCACCAUGACCUUCAGGUGCCUCUGUUCUCCAUCUAUCUGUCCAUUUAUACCAUUACACUGAUGGGGAACAUCCUCAUCAUCCUUAUCACCAUGGACCCAGCCCUUCACACCCCCAUGUAUUUAUUUCUCCAGAUCUUAUCCUUCCUGGAGAUCUGCUAUACCUCAGUCACUGUCCCCAAGAUGCUGGUGUAUUUCCUCUCAGACAACAGGGGCAUUUCCUACAUGGGCUGUGUUGCCCAAAUGUACUUCCUUCUCUUCCUUGGAAUCUAUGAGUGCUUCCUUCUGGCCGCAAUGGCAUAUGACCGCUAUGUGGCCAUAUGCAACCCAUUGAGGUACAGGCUCAUCAUGAAUAGGAGGGUCUGCCUUUUCUUGACGGUUCUCUCUUGGUUCUGGGGUAAUGUAGUGUCCCUAGUACAGACAGCCUGGGUUUUCACCUUGCCAUUUUGUGGGUCCAAUCAGAUUAACUAUUUCUUCUGUGAUAUUCCUCCAUUGAUUAAGCUUUCUUGUAUUGACAUUCCUCUGUAUGAAAUGCAGUUGUUUACAGCAGCUAUGCUAGUCAUCUUCACUCCAUUUUCUCUCAUCGUUGUGUCCUACACCUUUAUUAUCUCCACCAUUUUAAAGAUGGCAUCAGCUGAAGGCAGACACAAAGCCUUCUUCACCUGUUCCUCACACCUCUUUGUGGUGACAUUGUAUUACGGGAGCUGUGGCCUGAUCUAUUUAAGACCUAAAUCCAUUCAUUUACUAGACACUAACAAAGUGCUGGCUCUGAUAUAUACAACCAUCACCCCGACCUUGAACUCCUUUAUCUACAGCCUGAGGAACAAGGAGGUGAAAGAGGCUCUGAGGAGAUUGCUGGGGGACAGAAUGAAGAGAAAAAAUAUUUUCUCAUAG